AUGUUCCUGGCUGCAAUGUGCUUUGUGUAUUUCGCUAAAGCUUUAUCAGGAAGUUACCUUACAAGUACAAUCACUCAGAUGGAAAGAAGAUUUGAUAUCCCCUCUUCCAUGGUUGGGGUCAUUGACGGAAGCUUUGAGAUUGGAAACCUGCUGGUGAUAGCGCUGGUCAGCUACUUCGGAGGAAAACUUCAUCGGCCUAAAAUAAUCGGAGUCGGCUGCCUGAUUAUGUCGCUGGGGACAUUUCUAAUUGCACUGCCACAUUUUACUAUGGGCCGCUAUGGCUACGAGGGGGCUGUGUCACACUCCCCUAACUCCACUGUCCGCAGCUCCCUUUGUCUACAGGAUCACAGUGGCCGUAUACCUAUCCAGUUACUGCUUCAAUCAAAGGGAAAAAUUUAAUCAGAGUGUGAGAGAGACUUUCAGCGCUCACAGUGGAUCUACGCCGUGUUGGGGAACCUGCUGCGUGGUGUAGGGGAGGCUCCUAUACAGCCGCUGGGGAUUUCCUAUAUUGAUGACUAUGCAGAAGAGAAUAACGCAGCAUUCUACAUUGCAUGUGUCCAGACUGCGGCUGUUAUAGGACCAAUAUUUGGCUUUCUUUUGGGAUCGCUAUGUGCCUCAUUAUUCGUCGACAUUGGAGCGGUGGAUUUGGACAGGGUAACCAUUACUCCGGAGGAUGACCAGUGGGUAGGUGCCUGGUGGCUCGGUUACUUGGUAGCCGGCGUAAUAAGUCUACUUGCCACUAUACCGUUUUGGUUUCUACCAAAGGAGCAACAGAAACCCGACCUUCAAGCAGAAUCUAAUGUACCCUCCGACCAUCGCACAUUUAUUGUCGAGGAUCACAAAGAGCAGGCGGCUCGCCAAGACCGGGAACAGCUGCUAAACACGGCCAAAGAUUUCCUGCCAUCACUGAAGGAGCUGCUGGGUGACCCUGUGUUUUUCCUGUAUCUGUGCGGCAGCAUCUUCCAGUACAACUCCCUGGUGGGACUGGUUACAUAUAAACCUAAGUACAUCGAGCAGCAAUACGGACAGACAUCGGCUCGCACUAACUUCAUCAUCGGUCUCAUUAACAUCCCGGCCGUGGCUCUUGGGGUCUUCUCUGGUGGGAUCAUCAUAAAGAAAUGUCGGAUACAUAUUGUGGGGGCAGCGAGGCUGUUACUGGGUUCCUCUGUGAUAGGAUACCUCCUCCUACUGUGCCUGGCUGUACUGGGCUGCGGGAGGGCCCCCGUGGCUGGUCUGACUGUGUCCUAUGACGGGAACGUGAAGGAUUCUUAUGAGGACAACGCGGCCUCGGGGUGCAAUAGCUGGUGUCAGUGCCCUGAGAAUGACUGGGACCCUGUCUGUGGGGAAAAUGGUGUCACCUAUUACUCUGCCUGCUUUGCCGGCUGCCGCUUGUCCAAUGGGACGGGUAACACAGUAGUGUACUAUAACUGCAGUUGUGUGGCACACUGGGCCUCGCACCUCGGAGGCAACUCGGCGGAGGCUGGCCCUUGCUCUGAUGGAAGAGAUUGCUCAGGAAUGUUCCUGUCCUAUGUGGGGGUCUCUGUGAUGGCUUCUUUCUGGUUGUCCUUAGGAGGGGCCCCCGGAUACAUCCUGCUCCUGAGAUGUAUUAAUCCUGAGCUGAAGACUCUCGCCCUGGGUGUCUACACUAUGGCCAUACGUGUUCUAGCUGGUGUUCCGGCCCCGAUGUACUUAGGGGCUCUGAUAGACCGCGUCUGUCUGACAUGGAGCUGGCGACAGUGCGGCGGGAAAGGCUUCUGCCGAUUAUACGACACCGAUGGGUUUCGGUCCAUCUACCUGGGGGUGGCGGUGACGCUGGGCGCUGGCUUCCUAUGCCUGUGUUCUGCUGUACUGUACAUGGUGCAGAAGAGAUGUGCCGCAGGAGAAAGCACCUCCCCCUGUCAUGGGCGCAAGAGCUCAGCGCUGCCCUCUAACCUCAUCCGUAACGUCCGGCUAUUAAAGACCUCAUACUGGGCGCAGAGGGAGACCCGCCUCUAACGUCACCGUACUCAGCAGCUGGAAGUGUGCGUGAUGCCACCGUAGUCCUGGCUCCUUCCUGCCAGUGUUACGGAGCGUUGCAGGUGGCACGCCGGCGGCUGUGAGGAAGGAGUACAGAUGAGCGGCGGUGCAGAGACAUUUCUCCUGGAUUGCGUAUUACAAUGGAAUCUGACAUUUAUUCGAUGACACAGACAUCACGUUCUGCGGCUUCUUCAUUAUCCGCAGUAUGCGUCUGACGCAGGAACGCGCACAGAACAGCCGCAUCGCGUGUGGCCCCCCCUGACCCGCACAAACUACACCCAUUAUAAAUAUGCCAGGGACUGCCAUGGUUCUGCCCUGUAAAUGAUCGCUCAGCCGGCAUCCCGCACCUCCGGCAAUCUUAGACCCUAUUACAUACGCCCCAGGGCGACUCUUAUCCGCUGUACGAUUAUAUAACCGCUGGGAAGUCACAGAGCACCGGGUCAUGUAGUGUCAGAUUGUGUUAUUGUUAUUGUAGGAGUCAUCUAGGAAAUGAUGUAACUGUUCCAGUAGGAAAUAUCUCUCCCCCGCAUUACUGCAGCCUCCACUCUGAUCUCUCCCCCGCAUUACUGCAGCCUCCGCGCUGAUCU